GGGGCAGUGUAGUGUGUCUGGGUCAGUUGAGUGUCUGUAUAGAAACUCCCAGCCUUGAAAAGGACACCCUGUUCCCAGGCCUGAAGAUAUUGAAACAUUAAUUAGAUACUUUAAAGUAGUGCUUCCUUUUACAAUGUCUGAAGAAGUGACCUACGCGACACUCACAUUUCAGGAUUCUGCUGGAGCAAGAAAUAACCGAGAUGGAAAUAACCUAAGAAAAAGAGGGCAUCCAGCUCCAUCGCCCAUGUGGCGCCACACUGCCCUGGGUCUGCUAACUCUUUGCCUGGUGUUGCUGAUUGGGCUGGUGACAUUGGGGAUUAUGUUUUUGCAGAUAUCUAAUGAAAUUAACUCAGGUUCAGAGAUAUUGAGUCAACUUCAGAAAACCGUCGACCAGCAGCAGGAUAACUUAUCCCAGCAACUGGGCAACUCCAAUAACUUGUCCACAGAGGAGGAAUUUCUCAAGUCACGGAUCUCCAGUCUACUGAAUAGGCUGGAACAAAUGGCCGUCAAACUGUGCCAAGAGCUAAUCACUCAUACGUCAGACCACAGAUGUAAUCCAUGUCCUAAGAUGUGGCAAUGGUACCAAAAUAGUUGCUAUUAUUUUACCACAAAUGAAGAGAAAACCUGGACUAACAGUAGAAAGGACUGCAUAGACAAGAACUCCACCCUAGUGAAGAUAGACAGCUUGGAAGAAAAGGAUUUUCUUAUGUCACAGCCAUUACUCAGGUUUUCGUUCUUUUGGCUGGGAUUAUCCUGGGACUCCUCUGGCCGAAGUUGGUUCUGGGAAGAUGGCUCUGUUCCCUCUCCAUCCUUAUUUAGUACUAAAGAACUUGACCAGAUCAAUGGAUCCAAAAGGUGUGCUUAUUUUCAAAAAGGAAACAUUCAUAUUUCUCGCUGUAGUGCUGAGAUUUUUUGGAUUUGCGAGAAGACCGCGGUCCCAGUGAAGACUGAAGAUUUGAUUAGUAUGUUUCUUCCAAAUUCCCCAAGAAGCAGGAGUUUUGUGAGUGAUCCCAUGUGAGGAAAGAGGAAACUACAAUACCAGAGCCAAGAACAGCUUUCAAAAUGACUGUGUGUUUACAUCCUCAGACAAAUGAACUUGCUUAACGGAACAUUCUCCAGUCCCUUGUCUGAUGCCUUCUGCUUUUAUGUUAUUAUUCAGUCUUAAAAUGAUCCUUGGGGACCAAGGGGAACAGCCAUACUAUGGCCUUGUGAUUGUCUCUCUUUUCACUGACUUUCUUUGCUUUCUCAAAUAAAGAUUUGUUUCUUACAUUAUUA